AGCAGAAUCGGCUCUGUCCAGGGUGCUGGGAGGCUCAUGGGGCCUGGACCUCAUCCGCGGACACCACUGGAGAAUUCAAAGUUUUUGCGCUGUGUUCAGGUGCUUUGCUUUUGUAGUUGUUUUUUUUGUUGUUGUUGCGUGGAGCAUCGUUACUGAGGGCGACAGUCCGCCUCCCUAGAAAUGUCAAGGCGGAGGGGGAGGGGAGGAUUGUAGUGUGAGUAAGGCAUAAAUGAGUUCAAAGAUAGAUGAAAAUGAGUCAAGACACAGAGACAAGAACACGAGCUCGUUCCAAAGCCAUCCGGGCAGAACAAGUUGGACAAGCAAUGAAGCUGGAAAUGAGCAGCAGCUGUCCCACCCCUGGAUGUGAUGGCAAAGGUCACGUCAGUGGAAGAUAUUCGAGACACAGAAGCGCGCUAGGGUGCCCAAUUGUAAAGAAAAGGAAGCUACAGGAGGCUGAGAUCGAAGAGAACCCGCUGUCGCCCAGGAAGAGGACCCAGCCUACCAAACAGGCCGAUGAGGACAGUGACAUGGCAGAAGAGGAGGAGCAGAAUGAGGAAGAUGGAGAGGAAAAAGAUGGCAUCAAAGACAAAAAGAAAAAAGAAACAAAGAGCGAGACGGGAAAAGUUGAACGCACCUCGGCGACCACAGACAGCCCAGAACAACCUUGCCCUUCACCUGAUGACAAGAGCAGAAGUAUCACCUCAGAGACUGAGAACAAAGUAGAGACAGAAAACUUUAGCGAGGAGGUAACGUGUGUGAUAAUCACAGAGGAAGAGGAGGCUCAGUCAGCAUCCGCGUGCCUCCCGCCACAGCUCCCAGCAGAAGAAACAACUGUCCCUUGCCAUGAAGAGACAAAAGAUGAGGAAGAGGAUGGAGAAAAAAAGGCAAACCUGGAGGAGGAGGAGGAGGAACUGGAAAGUCAGAGGAAUGUUGCAGAAGAGACGGAGAUAAGAAGACAGAUGAUCAGGCAGGAAAAUUCUGAUCAUCAGUACUCAAGUGGAGAUUACAAAAAUCAGGCCAAAGAGUCAAAACCGAUAGAAAAUAAUGAGACUGAAGAAGAGGAGGAGGACGAGGAGGACGCAGAGGAAGAGGAAGAGGAGGAGGAGGAGGAAGAGGACGAAGACGAUGGAGCAGUGAGACAAGUUGAGACAGUUUUCAUUCAGGAAUCUGAAGCGACUGUGUCACUCAGGGAAGAGCAGUGCGACACCCUCAGGGCCGAGGAAGAAGCAGCAGAGGAGAAGCGAAGCAGCAAAGCCGGUGAAGUAGAGCAAGAAGAAGAAGAAGACGAGGAAGAAGAAGAUGAAGAAGAUGAUGAGGAAGAAGAAGGAAACUCAAGCAAAGCCUCUCCGAGCACAGUCAUCAUCGAAGUUCACGCCGAAGAGGAGGAACACGAGGAGGACGAGGAGGAAGAGGAGGAAGAGGAAGACGACGAGGAACUGGAGGAGGAAGACGAGGAGGAGGAGGAGGAGGACGAGGACAGGGGAGAGGAAUUGGAUCGUGUCUCCGAGGGAUCGGGCGUCACGGACGACUCUGAAAACUGGGACAUGACGCGAGGGAAUCUGGGGCUGCUGGAGCAGGCCAUUGCUCUGAAGGCAGAGGAGAUCCAGGGAGGUCAGGAGAGCAGCAGUUCUGUCGACUACCAACCGAGCAACGCCUCCAUGAAGAACUCUGACGGUUCUGCUGGAGUCCGCUGCUCCACCCACUGUAGCAAAGAAAAGAAGGAAGUCAAGUGUCCAACUCCAGGUUGUGACGGAACAGGCCACAUCACUGGGUUGUAUCCUCACCACCGCAGUCUUUCUGGAUGUCCCCACAAAGACAGAAUACCUCCAGAGAUUUUGGCCAUGCACGAAAAUGUCUUGAAGUGUCCUACUCCCGGCUGCACCGGCCAAGGUCAUGUGAACAGUAACCGCAACACACACCGCAGCCUGUCCGGUUGCCCCAUAGCAGCAGCAACUAAGCUGAACAAGAACCAGGACAAGCAGGUUCAUCUGCAAGCUUCAGCCAGUGAGCCGACCUCAAACUCUGACAGAGUGCUAAGGCCAAUGUGUUUUGUGAAGCAGCUGGAGAUCCCUCAGUAUGGCAGCUACCGCCCCAACACAGUGACUACCACACCUCGAGCUAACCUUGCCAAGGAGCUGGAGAAAUACUCCAAGGUUUCUUUUGACUAUGCAAGCUUUGAUGUCCAAGUGUUUGGAAAGCGUAUGAUUGUUCCAAAGAUGCCCGACACUACCGACACAUCCACUAAAGUUUUCAAAUCUAAACCAUUUUCCAAGGCGUCCUCCCCAAGCCAUGGUUCAUCAGGAGGUUUCGCCAAGAACAUCCCAUCCUCUAGUGGUUAUGACUACAGCCAGGAUGCAGAGGCAGCCCAUAUGGCAGCAACAGCAAUCCUCAACCUGUCCACCCGCUGCUGGGAGAGACCGGAAACCUGCGGCACUAAACUCCGGGAGCCUUGCACCAAGGAGGUCGCGAUUGAGGUGGAUGAGAAUGGCACCUUAGACCUCAGCAUGAAAAAGACCAAGAGAGAGGACAUACAGUCUGCAGAGACUGCAUGUUCUUUGCCUUCCUCCUCUCAACUUGUGGAUGCCACGUUGUCUCAGGACCAUCCUCAGUCAGAUUGGGACGGUCCACUAGAUUUCACCAAGCCCAAUGAAGACAAGGAGGAAGACCAUGAAGAGAUGGAAUACACAGCUCCUUCAUAUACAUCAUCUGAUGACGAGGAAGAGAACCAAGAAAACUCAGAGGACCGGAAAUACCCCGGUGAAGUCACUACUGGCAGUUUUAAAGUCAAGUUUCAGCCCAAAGACAACAAAAAAGAAGUUAUUGUAUGUCCAACACCAGGCUGUGAUGGCAGUGGGCAUAUAACUGGCAAUUAUGCAUCACAUCGAAGUCUGUCAGGCUGUCCUCUUGCUGAUAAAUCACUUCGGACCCUCAUGGCUGCCCACACAGCUGAACUGAAGUGUCCGACUCCAGGCUGUGAUGGAUCGGGUCACAUCACUGGAAACUACGCGUCGCACAGGAGUUUGUCUGGAUGUCCACGGGCCAAGAAAGGAGGAGUCAAAUCAGCACCUUGCAAAGACGACAAGGAAGAAUCUGAGCUGCUGAGGUGUCCAGUUCCUGGCUGUGACAGUCUUGGACACAUCAGUGGAAAGUAUGCUACCCACCGUAGUGCCUAUGGCUGUCCACUUGCAGCAAAGCGACAGAGGGAAGGUCUACUAAAUGGCACUCCUUUCUCUUGGAAGGCCUUUAAGACCGAAGGCCCGACCUGCCCAACACCAGGCUGUGACGGUUCUGGUCAUGCUAAUGGCAGUUUCUUGACACACCGCAGUCUCUCAGGUUGUCCGAGAGCUCCAGCCAGCAAGAAGAAAGUCAAGCUUCCUGGAGACGAAUAUAUAACAGCAAAGUUCAGAGCGAGCGACGUUCUGGAUAAUGAUGAAGACAUCAAGCAGCUGAACAAGGACAUCAGUGAACUGAAUGAGUGCAACGCAGAGAUGGAGGCUGACAUGAUGAAUUUGCACACUCAGAUUUCUUCCAUGGAGAAGAACCUAAAGAACAUGGAGGAGGAAAACAAGCAGAUAGAGGAGAAGAAUGAAGCUUUGUUCUUGGAGCUGUCUGGUCUGAGUCAGGUAUUAAUUCGCAGCCUGGCCAACAUCCGCCUGCCUACCAUGCAGGAACCAGUAUCCGAGCAGAACUUCGAUAAUUACGUGGAGACUCUGACCUACAUGUUCACCAAUAAAGACUGCUACCAAAACCCUGACACCCGGGCCCUGCUGGAGUCCAUCAGUCAAGCAGUAAAAGGCAUAGAGGUAUGAUGCAAGGCGACGACAAAACAAGCAGCUGCCACAUUUCUUCUGAGUUCUUACAUAAUUGUAUGUGAUCAUUCUUCUUACUCGGUUAUUUAAUAACUCCACUAGUUGGGUUUUUUUUUUUAGCAUGUUGUUGGAUGACGUAUGAGCCAGAACAGACGACUGCAUGUCGAGUGUGUGUCACCGCACUGGCAUCCAGAGGUUACUUUAAGUCAGGAAGUCAAAGUGCAUAACCAGGAAAUGUGUGCAGAACAAAUUUUUU